AUGUCCGAUCACAGUACUACGACCCAUGCUACGGCGUCCGCGGGAACCGACGCGCUCCGCAAACCUAGUCCAGUGGUGCGGGCGAAUAGUAUGCGAGCUGGACUACUCAAUCGUGGACGGACUCUCGGUAUUGGAUGCUGGAAUGUACGAACGUUCCUGGACCCUGGUACCCAAAGUCUGACCGCACGCAGCGUUCAUCAGUACGACGUGGAUGUCUGCUGUCUGUCUGAGGUACGAAUCCCUGACUCGGGCUCUCGUGAAAUAAAGAUCCCGGGAGUCGAAUCCCAAUUCACCCUGUACCACAGCGGCCCCCGCGAUUCCCCUGGCCGACACGGUGUGGCGAUUGCCCUAUCACAACAAGCGGAGCUUGCGCUACUUGCUUGGGAACCAGUAAAUGACCGGAUGGCCUACUUGCGACUGAAGGGUCACUUCACGAACAUCUCCAUCGUCUCUGUGUACGCACAAACUUCGGCUGCCGAACAGUUCGAUUAA